AUGAAACAGUUUUCCGGUGAUGUGUUCCAGGAAGCAUCAAAAAUCCUUUUGGAAAAAUAUGGAUCGUCAAUUUUCGAUGAAGCCAACGAAGUGAUCGAGGAAAUCCAAGCCGAAAACGAGAUGGAUGUCGAGAAUGCCAGAAAGAAACGAGAAGCUGGCUAUGAACACAAAGAAAGUGGAACAUGCAGAGGACCACCGAAAAAUUGUCAGCUUAUAAUUCACGAUCAAGUGCGGUCCAUAACUGGACUUUGCAAUAAUCGGGCGAAAAGCAAAUGGGGAAAUUCUGUGAGCCCAAUCAGACGUUUAACCGGAAAAGUUUCAUAUCAAGAUGGCUUGAACGAAAUCCGGCGAAAAUCGGUUACUGGAGCGGACUUGCCUUCAGCUAGGUUGAUUUCCAACAAACUUCACGAUGAAGGAGCUGAGCCAAACUUCUCGCCGAACAUUAAUCAUUUGUACAUGCAAGUCGGACAAUUCAUUGCUCAUGAUAUCAUUUUUAUGCCAUCUUCAGUUGCAAAAGACGGAUCAACUCUCGAUUGUAAUUCCUGUGAAGCUACCAGCUCAGUUUCUCCAAACUGCGCACCUAUUCCUGUUCCGGCCGAUGACAAAUACUUCAAAUCUGCAGAUGGUUCGAAGAGAUGCAUUCGUCUCACUCGAGCAUUGAAUGGCCAGACUGGAUUUGGAGCCAGAACUCAGAUCGACCAAAAUUCACACUUCAUUGAUUUGUCUGUUGUUUAUGGAUCUUCUGAUUGUGAAGCAGAGAGUCUUCGAUCAUUUCAAAAUGGUCUGUUGAGGGAUUACAGAGGAGAAGGAUACAUUCUUCCUCCACAGGACAAAAAUGAUUCAAACUGUCAAUCGAGAAACCCGAAUUAUUGCUUCCUUGCUGGUGAUUUCCGCAACAGUCUCCAUCCGGCUCUUAUUCCAUUGCACACGGUUUUCUUAAGAGAACACAACCGACAUGCUAAAAAAGUGAAACAAAUCCGACCGAACUGGAAUGACGAGCAAAUCUAUCAGCUCGUUCGAAAAGUAAUGAUUGGUAUGUGGCAACAUCACGUCUAUAACGAGUACCUGCCGGAAUUGCUAUCCGAUAAAUAUUUAACCGAUUUCGACUUGAAGCCGAUGAAGCCAAGAUCCGGAAAAUCGAGAAAAUACGACGAGUCGAAGAAUCCUGCUCUUAGUGCUGAAUUUGCUGCUGCGGCAUUCCGGUUUGGACACAGUCAAGCGAGACAGCAUUUUAUGAGACAAGAUGCCAAUAACAAUACGGUUGGAUCAUUGGAUCUAGGAAGUAACAUCUUCUACGCAAAUGAAUUAUACCGACAAGCGGGUGGAUGGGAAACUUUACUUAAUGGAAUGAUGACAACGAGUUCGAUGAAUGUCGACCGAUACUUCUCAUUUCCGAUUCGGAAUCAGUUAUUCGAAACUCGGAAUAAGCCGGGAUCCGGCGUCGAUCUUGUUGCUAUCAAUAUCAUGCGAGGAAGAGAUCUUGGAUUGAUGCCCUAUACUCACUACCGCCAAACUGUCGGACUCCCAGCUGUCAGAUCAUGGAACGAUCUCUCAUCGACAUUCUCGCAGAAAAACAUUGAAGCUUUGAAAGGAGUUUAUGCGUCUCCAGACGAUAUUGAUUUGUACACGGGAAUUGUCAUGGAAAAUCCGGUAAAUGGUGGCUUAGUGGGUCCAACAGCUAGCUACAUAAUUGCUGAGCAAUUCGAAGCCCUUCGGAAGGGUGACCGAUUCUUCUACGACAAUGAAGUCAGAUUCACCGACGGAUUCAAACCAGAAGAGGUUGAUGCUCUGCGGAGAACAAAACUCGCCAAGCUCAUAUGCGAGAACACCGACAUUAUUGACAAUGUGAAUAUCAACAUCUUCGAUUUGAACAGUAAAAAAAUUCCAUGCAAAUCGAUACCAGAUUUGGAUAUCAAUGCUUUUAUUCGUUAG